AUGUCGCUCCUGCCUGAGGCCAUCUACAACACCUCGAGCCUGCGCACCCUGCGCCGGGCCGAGGAUGCGAAGCCAACCGAGGUGGCUGCGUCCUCCGUCACGGAGGGCUUCACGAAGGCCGUCGGCCGGGGGACGCACGGCGUCGCGGCGGCUCCCAUCGAGAUGUUCUCGUCGCAGUACUACGGCGCGUGUGCUCUGGGUGGCGUCGCUGCCUGCGGUUUCACGCACAUGGCCGUCACGCCGCUCGACGUCGUGAAGUGCAACAUGCAGAUCGACCCCAAGAAGUACUCCUCGAUCGGCAGCGGGUUCGGCACCGUCAUCAAGGAGCAGGGCGCGGCGGGGCUCCUCCGCGGGUGGGUGCCCACGCUGCUCGGGUACUCCGCGCAGGGCGCGUUCAAGUUCGCUGGUUACGAGUUCUUCAAGAAGUACUACAGCGAUCUGGUCGGCGAGGAGAACGCGAAGAAGUACCAGACGGCGGUGUUCCUGGCGGGUUCGGCGUCGGCGGAGUUCUUUGCCGACAUUGCGCUGUGCCCCUUCGAGGCCGUGAAGGUCAAGGUGCAGACCGUGCCGGGGUACGCCAAGGGCAUGAGCGACGGCAUGCCCAAGUUCGUCGCCGAGAACGGCGUCGGGGGGCUCUUCAAGGGCGUGGGCGCGCUCUGGGGCCGCCAGAUCCCCUAUACGAUGAUGAAGUUCGCGGCGUUCGAGAACGUCGUCCAGGCGCUGUACAAGUACGCGGUGCCGAAGCCGCGCUCGGAGUGCACCAAGGGCGAGCAGCUCGGCGUGUCGUUCGCCGCCGGGUACAUCGCCGGUGUCCUGUGCGCCAUCGUGUCGCAGCCCGCCGACAACAUGGUGUCCAAGCUCAACGCCGACAAGGACGCCACCGUCGGGUCCAUCGUCAAGGAGUUCGGCUGGACGAACCUGUUCCUGCGUGGUCUGCCCAUGCGUAUCGUCAUGAUCGGCACCCUCACCGGCGCGCAGUGGGGCAUCUACGAUGCCUUCAAGGUGGCCGUCGGCCUCCCCACCACGGGUGCCGCGCCCCCGCCGGCCCCCGCCAAGUGA